CACGACUUCGCUCAGAUUCACGAAUCAUAAUGGUAUCUUCAAACGAUGUUCAACGACUCUAUCUUCAAGCGAUUCUUUCGAGGAGGAUACUCUCUCAGAAACUGGCCGCUCAGAUAUGGUACAAGUGCGCUGAGGCAGUCAAAGGUACUGUUUUCGUCUGUGCUCCAAUCGUGCCUUCCAAGGCUGACAGGAUACUAUAGCUGUUGAUGAAACUCUUGAAAUAGAAUAUGGCGAGGAUAGGGCGUCAUGGGACGCGUGGGUCACGAAGAUUAACUCUGCUCUGAACCCUCUAGACCUUGAGUUUGCCCACAUCCUCGACGAAGCGACAGGGAAGGACAUGUAUGCUAUUGUGCGCGGUGGUAUUUCAUGUCAUUGUCGAUGCUAGAGCGUUUUCUUGCAGGUCAAUCGAAAGGGUGACGAGAUAGCACAACUAGCGACAGAGUACACCCCAGCAGAGAUCAUGUAUUUCAAGGCCAUCGUAAGUCACCCUUU